UCCACAUCUCACAAUCGGUGCAGCGCUCCCCUUCCAGCCUCAACACCACGGAUACUUCCAUCAGCGCGCAACGAGACAUCCGGUGAUACAGCUCCACACGCACUCAACGUCAGUCGCCAGAGUUAUACGAAACGCCAAUUCGUGUUUGCGCGUGCUAAACGAUUGCCCCGAUCCGCGCAGUCUCGUCUCGCCUCUCUCCCUCGAAGUGUCCCCGGUCACUUCUCCGCCGCCCAUCGUCUUGCGACAACCUGCCAUGACCCAUUGGGUCUCAUAGUCUCCCACCAUGGACGCCCGACCGAAGCCACAGGCGUUCCUGUCUACCUAUGCGCCUCGAAUCCGCGCCUACAACAACUCUCUCCUGACCCCGAACGUUGCCAGCGCUCCGACCACGACCAACUCCCGGGUAACAAAGCGUGGCACAACCAUCAUCAACUACGCGGAAGACGGCUACGAUGAAAUUGACGAUGACGAGGACAGCGGCCGCCGUCGUCCUACCGGCCUACGCAGCCUGAGAAGACAGGACGAUUCGGCAAUCAGCCAGGAUCUGCUAGAUAAGGCUGGAAAGGACACGGACGAGCCCGUCGAAGUACAGGGCAUUUGGAGAGAUUGGUUCGGCAAGGGACGUCAGGUGCGGAAUGACCAGCAGAACUCGGCGCAAGCAGACCUGCCGUUGACCUUGAUCCCCAUCCGAAUCGAGCUCGAUAUUCCGUCCUUCUUGCCCCAGGUCGCCUUUCCUUCGGCGCCUCACACCGUCGACACAUCACUCCCGCAAUACCGAGCACAAGAAAUGACGCCGCCCUACCGGCUUCGCGAUACCUUCCUGUGGAACCUACACGAGACGGUCAUCACGACUGAACAAUUUGCGCAAACAUACGUCCAAGACCUCGACUUGCCGAACCGUCACAACCUGAUGCUCGAUAUUGCCAGGCAGAUUCGGACCCAGCUUGAGGAAUAUGCCGGCGUUGCCCUGCAUCCCUUGUUUCACGCGCAGUCACAGAACUCUGGAACCAACGACGCGACCAAGCCGAACUCGAUGAUUAACCAAGACGAAACGCCCACUCCCGCCGCGGUAAUCAGCCGCUCCGACACUCCCAUGCUGAACGGUGGCAUUGGAACGCCAUCCCGAGGCAAGGACGCGACGUCAGCACCAGACGUCACAGCCCACGCAAGCCCUAUGCCUAUUGAUUCGGACGAGUAUGACCACGACGACGCCUACCGAUGUAUUGUAACUCUCAACAUCAACCUCCAGUCAGCAUUGUACACCGACAAGUUUGAGUGGUCUCUGCUGCACCCCCCGGGUAUGCCGGAGGCCUUUGCCAGCCAAACAUGCCAAGACCUUGGAUUGACGGGCGAGUGGGUUCCUGCCGUCACACACUCCAUAUACGAAGCAGUGUUGCGCCUGAAGAAAGAGGCCUGUGAAGCGGGUGGAUUGGUGAUGGGCUGGAACGGAGUCCGCGAGUUCCCCAACGAUGCCACGGCUGGAGCUGACGCCGGAUGGCGCUACGAUCCGGAGAAUUUGGCCGAUCCCUGGGAGCCCAAGGUCGAGAUCCUCAGCAAGGAAGAGAUGGAGAAGCGAGAAGGCGACAGAGAGCGGCAAAUUCGCAGACUCCGCCGCGAGACUGCUCGCUUCAGCUCAACUACUGGCUUGGUGGGCGGCGUGCCAUUCUCUGGAUUUGGCAACGUGGUGGAAGCUCCGGAAGAAGAACGUAUGGGCAGAGGCGAGCGGUCCAAGAAGAAGCGUCGCUUCCGCAGUCUGAGCCCGAUAGGCCGAUCUGGAACCCCUGGCGGACGCGGAACGCCAGACGUGGGAUCCGGAUAUGGUGCAGGCAGCGGCUUGACUGACACGGAGCGCUUAUCUUGGAGAUGCUGGCACUGCUGUCUCUGGGGCUCAAGUGUGUGGGCGGUGAGACCUGGACCUGCAGGACCACGGUCACUAUGCCAAAACUGUGGAUUGCUGUACGAGCGGGAUGGCAAGCUGCCCCGCCAAACGAAGAACAUGCAUUUGACGGUCAUCCGAACGGCAUGAGAGAACAAGAUGGAGCUUCUCGCUUGUCAUUUCGUGAGCGACGACGUCGGUACCAUUUUGCAAACAGGACGAAACCGAGGGGAAGAGAGAAUGAGACAUGAUCCGGUGUGAAGGACGCAUCGGAUGAUCCAGGAGGAGAACUGUGCGCUGUGGACCAGUUCUUUGUGUACAUGAUGCGCAGGCGGCGGUUCUGGCAGGCAGGCGUUUUACUGGGGAUAAUCUGGCCCUGGCCUACUGGGCCGGGCAGUCAAAGGAGUCCGGCUGCGAGCAGGGUUGUGCGAUAUUCCACUUGUUUUCGGGCUAAUUACGGUCGAGGUGUCCCUUUGUCGUAGGGGGAAGUAUUGUAGACUAUGUGUAGAGAUUCAAUAUACACACAGACAAG